GCGUGGCCGGCAGAUUUUUGGUGAACUCGGUGCUGGGUUGGUGUGCAGGGGUUGCAGGCCGAGGUCUUGAGUUGUCGCGUGCCGUGCCGUGAGUGCCGCAGUCAUGCGACCCUAAGGCGACGCCCUUUGAUCUCGGCGAAACAUGCAAGAGGGUUGAGGGAGAAAGCGCAGAUUUAGGCCGGGGCAAUGCGGCGUCUGCAGAACGUCUGUCUCACCGUGGUGGUGACCGCCCUGGUCGUCUCGUACGCCGCCUGGAGCUCGCUGACCGCCUCCACGGCGUUCAAUGUGGCCUCCACCGCCUCCAGGCCGCACGCCGACGACCUCCGCGAGCACUCAACCGUCUGCAGCGUCUCUAAACAGGACCAGAGAUCAUUCAUAACCAGCAACAAUGACUCGGCACCGACUAUUUUCUUCAUUACGCCUACAUACCCUAGGAGAGAGCAAUUUGCCGAGCUCACAAGACUUGGCCAAACUCUGAUGCAUGUUCCCAAUCUACAUUGGAUUGUGGCCGACGACUAUGCAGAGUGCAACCCUCACCUCACCCAAAUCUUCCAGAAAUUUGGGCUGCCGUUUACGCACAUUUCCAGCCCAAUGCCCAGCAUUUACCGCAAACGACAUUUUGUCCCUCGAGGAGUAUCGAACAGACGAGCUGCCCUCAAGUGGAUCAAGGCCAACGCCAACAGCGGCGUCUUUUACUUUGGGGACGAUGACAACACUUUUGAUUUAAGACUCUUCUCCGAAAUUCGCAACACUAAGAUUGUAUCCAUGUUUCCUGUUGGAUUGAUUGGCGAAUUCGGAGUCAGUGCACCAAUCAUCGACGAUGGCAAAGUGGUCGGCUUUUUUGAUUCGUGGCCUGCAGACAGAAAGUUCCCUGUUGACAUGGCAGGUUUUGCAGUCUCUGUCGAGUACCUUCUGCAACACCCGAACGCAACCAUGCCUUACAAGGCCGGCCACGAGGAAGACCAGUUUCUCAAGAGUUUAGACCUGAAGAUGGAUGAUAUUGAGCCAAAGGCCAAUAAUUGUACAGAGUUGCUUGUCUGGCACACGCAAACAGUUAAGAAGGCGAAGCACAACCUGAAGGUCCCCAGCAGCAUUUUCUCUAAUCUGCAUACCUUACUGGAAAAACUAGUUUCCAUUGGAGUGGUCCAGAUGGGUGGCGAGAUUUCUGGUAAGGAGGUUUACAUGGUGGUCGACGGACACAAGAACCAGGUCACCAAACGACAUGUCGCUGGUCUUUCGUAGUUAAUUAAGAUACUCCAGGCUGUGAUUAACGAGAUAUUAUGUAGAAGGGAAAUCUGAACGUUCUUAAAAUUUUUAUUACAAGCAUAACUAAAUACGCUUUUAGUUCCAUUUUUAUUGGAAUGACCGACAAUUUUUGCAGCUAAAACGAGCCUUGGUUGUGCUUUAGUAUUUUUAACUUCAUUCUGGCACAAAUAAAUUUUCAUGUACAUUUUUAAACUUAUUGGAAAGAAAUGGAACGGUGGCCAAGGGGUGCUCUUUAGAAGUACAGUACAAUUACUAUUCAAGAUGAGAUUAGGGUUAGUGAUAUUAACAUGAUAUUAAAAACCAAUUUGCGUAAGCAUAGUGAGAAUCGGUGGAGUGCUUAAAUUUUUGAAGGAAAUUUUAGCUUAACAUUGUCGGUUCUAUUUAAGCAGAACUGUUGAAAAGAUUUAAAUAGUCUGUUUGAUUAAAUUAACACGAGAUAGUAAUAUGAUUUGAAUAUUAUUUCUAGCGAUAGUAUUAACGAAGCUCAGCUCAAUCUUCUAUAUAAGAAAAAUGAUAGGUCAUAAUAACUGUAGAUGUACCUGGUAGUCUUUAUUUAUCAACCAACUGUAUUUAAAUGCCGAUCUAUAUUUAGAGAAAUCCACCGCACAAAUUAAUUAUUAUAAUGGGUACAUCCUAUGUUACAAUCGAAACCAAUCAAUAAUUACUUAUGGAUAUUAACCUUUUGCAUAAUUCUAUUGUUUUUGUUAAAGAUUUGAAAUUUUUAAAAAUUUUAACCAUAUUAACGGUAUCUCUUUUGCUUUUGCUUAAAUGUCGAUGUAAUAUCAACAAUUCACAAUAAUUAUACCCUGACAUUGCCAAUUCAUUUUGCCAAAGAGGUGUCAAAACCAACUACAUUGACGAAAACUGCAAAUAUUUAUAGGAGAAUUAAAGGUAAAAGAACUUGACAUUAAUAUUCUAUUGAAUUUUAGGAAUGCAACGAUUUUUUGUUUAAUCAGCCAAGAUUAUUUAAUAGGGUGAAAUUGCUUGCGGCAGUCUGAAAUGAAUCUCAUUUAAUCCAAAGCUGCUGUCAUGAAACCCAAUUUUUUUGCUGAAUAGCAUCUUGCCAAAACGACUUUUUCUUUAUUGCAAAAUGAUUUGCACAAUUUAAUUUAUUAAAAAACAAAAAAUAUAAGAUCUGUUUUUAUUACACAGCAGUAUAGCUUUUAGGCAGUAGACGAUGCUUAAAAAAAACCUUGUCCACAAAAUAUGUGAUUGAGAAAAUUAAUUAUACUGGUGGAAAAAUUUCUUGUAACAAAAUCAUAUUAUCGAUUAUAAUUGUGCAUAGAACAUUCAAAAUUCAUUACACAAUGAAACACGAAUUCCAAAAUAUUUGAACAAGAAAAUUUUCAUCCAGGGUAACUUCCAAAAAACUUUUUACUGUUAAAAAAUAUAUUUCUCCCCAUUUGUAGCCGUGCAAUCAAUAAAUCUCACGAAAAA